CCGCCCCUCCUCGCCCACAAUGAAACAGGGAGAGUCUUAGCCCAGAAGAGCUAAAUGUAUGAAGAUUUAUUUAGGAUUUUACUCUUUAAUCUCAGAACGAAACCGGAUUAUAUUGUUAUUAUAUUAAAAUACGAAUAGUUAUUUAAUUCUCUACACUCGUCACGCACUCUUAGAGUGAAUAGAAAGUUUUUGUUUUUUUUGUUAACGCGAAUAGUUUUACUGUCGUUAAAGCGACCGUAAUGCGGCUCAGUGGCUAAUCCCUGCUUUUCAUUUAAACUAAUUGGUUUCUACACUUUUUGUUUUCGAGCACGCGGGGUUAAACUUAUAAAUAUUGCCAAGGAUGACCGAAUACAAGUUGGUGGUGGUAGGAGCAGGAGGCGUUGGGAAAAGUGCGCUCACUAUCCAGCUCAUUCAGAACCACUUUGUGGAUGAAUAUGACCCCACUAUUGAGGACUCGUACAGGAAGCAGGUGGUGAUCGAUGGCGAGACGUGUCUCCUGGACAUCCUGGACACUGCAGGUCAGGAGGAGUACAGCGCUAUGAGGGAUCAGUACAUGAGGACUGGCGAGGGCUUCCUCUGUGUGUUUGCCAUCAAUAAUAUAAAGUCUUUCGAGGACGUGCAUCUCUACAGGGAGCAGAUAAACCGGGUGAAGGACAGCGACAACGUUCCAAUGGUGUUGGUGGGGAAUAAAAGCGAUCUGAGCUCUCGCACAGUGGAGACACGUCAAGCACAAGAGCUGGCCCGGGGGUAUGGCAUCCCGUUUGUUGAGACGUCCGCCAAAACACGACAGGGUGUGGAGGAGGCUUUCUACUCUCUGGUUCGGGAAAUCAGGAGAUACAAGGAGACGAACCGCAGCAACAAGAAGAGCAAAAAACACCCACAGAGACGUUGCAUUCUUUUAUAGCAAUACUUCUGCCCACUUUUGCACUACAUUCCUGGAAUAGCACUGUGCACACACAUACACACAUCUGCUGUAGCAUCUCAACCCAUCUCCCUCCAGAGUAAGGUCCCAAACAGGAAGCUCAGAAACAGUGCCAUGGCUGCUAUAUGCUUUUUUCUUUUCUUUUUUUUUUUUUUUUUUGCAGUGGGUGUAUGUGGCUCGCCAAAUGCAGAGGUUCCUACUUUGGGCUUUACAUAUUAUAAAAACUUCAAGAUUCACGUGUCAUUGAACUCGUUUGGAUAACUUUUAUCCUGCCGAAUACAUGCUCUGAUUACGCCUAUUGGUUUUUCUGAAUUUUUACUUUGUAGCAUUCCUGUACUCAAAUCUUCAGCUCACACUUUUAAACACCAUGACUUUGGGUGUACACGUUAAUGUUCUCAGAGCUAGUACCCUACCUGUAACCACUAUGCAUCUGUGCUUGAAAGGUUGCUAUGUAGCAUCACACCCCUCUCCUUCUCCUCCUUCCCCUCUCUGCCUCAUUCCCAGCUCUUCUUUACUGCGAGCAAGGCUAGAGAGAUGAUUGUAUUGUAUUCCCUCACUUUCAUCGUUAUAAAGGCGCAAAUAAUACAGGAUACAUUUAUUUGUAAUAAAAAUCAGGCCCAGAUCAGGGUCUGAACACCUCUGAUGCAUUCCUGUUGCCAUAGCGAUGAGAACCUUUUUAGGAGUUUAAUGGAAUUUUGUUAAUUAAAAAGGAUUUUGGCUAAGA